AAUGGCGCCAGGAAGAUCCUCGUGCUUCUGAAUUCCCCAGGACAGGUAAUGCUGUAGGGAUUAUGCUGAGUGAUUCUGACUUCCUGCUGCCCUCCAGUGACUCUUCUUUUGGCUGGAGUCCAACCACUGAAAAAAUCCCAGCAACCUCUGUGUCAGAAGUAAAAUCUGGAACAGAAGAAGGGAGUUUGAAACCUGUGGCCCUAGACACUGAAUCUAAUAUGGAAAACACUUCUUUGGCAGCUUUGGAUGACAAAGGUGAGCAGGGCAAUGAAGAGGAACAAAAGACCGUUAAACCCACUAGUAAGGAGUUCAAGAAGACGUGGGGUUUUCGGAGGACCACGAUUGCAAAGCGCGAGGGCUUAGGGGAUACAGACAUGGACGUUGCUGAACAGCAGCCCUCUCCGCAGCAACAGAGCUUGGCCCUUAGGCGUAGUGGGCGACAGCCCAAGCGCACUGAACGGGUAGAGGAAUUCCUUACAACGGUGAGGCGCAGAGGGAGGAAGAACCUUCCUGCCGCGCUUGAGGACUUGAGUGAGCCAACGUCCUGCCAAGUUACGGACAUUGAGACGGCUUCUGAAGGUAGCGUAGAAAGCUUGACAGAGAUAAAGCCUGCCUCCCAGAAGUGCCACUCCAAGGACAGCAAGGGCCAGUCAGCUCAGAAAGGCAGGAGCACCAAAGAAGAAGAGGAGGAGGAGGAAGAGGAGGGCACCUCUGACAGCGACAGUGACGGGUUGACCUUGAAAGAGCUUCAGAACCGCCUGAGGAAGAAGCGCGUUGAGCAAAAACCCUUAGAGCUGACUUUAAAAGAGUUGCAGAAUCGCCUCCGAGGAAGGCAGCCCCCGCGGAGCGCUGCUGCUGCUCCGAUCGAUGCCCAGGCAGGCAGUCAGGUUAAAGGCGAAGCAGCUGUGAAGCAAGAGCCCAAGAAUACAGAGGACAUUCAGGGCAGAGAUCAAGACGUUGCCACUGAGGAAGUUGCGGAGGAGGUUCAGGUGAAGGAGGAACCUCCGGCACAGUCGGGCGGCGGAGCUGAAGGAUCCUUAAAGAGCAAGUCAGAAUCUGAGGGUUAUGACCCCAGUGCUCUGUACUGUAUCUGUCAGCAGCCUCAUAACAACAGAUUUAUGAUUUGCUGCGAUAGAUGUGAGGAAUGGUUUCAUGGGGACUGCGUAGGGAUUUCAGAGGCUCGUGGACGACUGUUGGAAAGAAACGGGGAGGACUAUAUCUGCCCAAAUUGCACCAUUCUGCAGGUUCAUGAUGAGUCAGCCACCGAAACUCAGCAACGAGAAACUGUGCUGGGGCAGUUAACAGGCGAUGGCACGGAACUCACAAGCAUAGGGACAGUUGAGCAAAAGUCGAGCGAGGACCAAGGCAUCAAGGGUCGGAUUGAAAAGGCUGCAAAUCCAAGUGGGAAGAAAAAACUCAAAAUAUUUCAGCCAGUAGUUGAAGAGCCUGAAGCAGCCAGUUGCAUUGGACCUGGUUGUUCUAAUGUGGCUCAACCAGGUUCUGUGUACUGUGGACACGAGUGCAUUAUCAAGCACGCUACGGCCACUAUGAAAUUAAUGAGUGAAAGCAAAGAACAGAAACCGAAAGAGAAGAUAAGAGUGAAAGUUGAACGAUCUGUUGUCCAGAAAUCCCAGCCUCCGGCGGGUUCCAAACCUCCCUCCGUACAGAAGAAAACUGCUCCUGAGAAAAGAGAGAUGGUCGUGAAGAAAACAGCGGUGGCAGCCCUUAAAACCGAAGGCAGUGCUCAGACAGUUGCUAAAGAGCAGCCAGCCCCAGAAAGCAGCACUCCGUCCUGGGCAAGCGAUCAUAAUUAUAAUGCAGUAAAGCCAGAAAGGACUCCUGCCAUUUCAUCAUCACUGUUGUUCAAAUGUAUGUAUCUCACAGGGAUAUUCCUCCGCAGUCGUUUACCGUUUCCUUGGUCACUUCCCCCACCUUUUGACUCUGCAAAGUUAGAAGGGGCUUUUAAUUAUUCCCUCACCUCCUCCCCAUCUUCAGAGAUUGCACACGUACCUCUCAAGAGCUUUGAGGCUCAUACAUGUUAUUGGCAACUUGGGAUUUAUUCACAGGUUGUGUAUACAGAUGACUUUUGCAGGCAUAUAAGAGCAGGUUAACUUACAUAAUGCUCUCCAUAGGUAAUAUCUAUAUCUCUAGGUAAGUACUGUAGGUAAUGCUGUCUGCUGAUUUCUGAAGGUUCUAAUGUACAAAGUAAUGGUUAUGCUCACUUCAAUGUUAGUCCCUGUCCACCUUUGCAUUUUGGAUUGGGAAUGCCAACAAACAAAGGAAUUCUAAACGAUUCUGAAUAAUUUACAUACACGCACAAAUACACAAGUGUUAGCUGUCAGUUCUGGGGAGAAAUCUUCUUUCCAAGCAACUGACUUAAUGUAAGGAUGCUUGUUUCUCUCUCUCUCUCUUAAAAAAAAAAAAUUGUACGUUUUGUAUGCUAGGCAGGCUGUCUUCCAGGCAUAUUACCUUAUAUUAUAAUUUUGCAGUACCUGAAGAACAUCCUUGGGCUCAUGUUAGCUUGUAAAGGUAAGUAAAUGCUUUGCAGUGUAGAAAGUCUUUGUUCUUUUAAGACCUUUUUAUUGUCUCCACUUAAACAAAGCUGCAGUGUAGCAUUUGUUUUCCCAUGUAUCGCACAGUGGAAGGUAAUUGAAUCUGAUUUUAAUUUUAUAUCUGCAAGGGUCUGAUACAAGGCUCUGGGUGGGCAUCCUUUAGAAAAGGUGAAAGUAUUAUGUCUACCACUAAAAUAACUUCACCAUUGUCCACAAAAUUGUAAAUGCUUAUAUGAUAACUACAUCUUACAUGACCAUGAGAAGAUGGCUUUGGUGAACCUCUGGAGGGACGAAGUUCCAAGGCUGAUGAGAAGCUACCGAGAACCCUUUUCUGCCUGCCUUCAUGUUUUUGGGUGUGGCACACACACAGAUGGAUCUCACUGGAGUGGGGGAAGGACGGGGUGGAGUGUGUGGGGUCCAAACCGCCUUUCCGAAGCAUGUUAAGGUCCAAAUGAUUUGAUUGGAAACCAGUGAUAGUUUCCCCUCUCUGCUUCAGUAGCUUUCUGUUGUACAUCUAACCAAGGUUCAUAGUUCUCUACUUGUACAGUUAUUUAGUUAUAUCUUGGUUUUGUCCCCAGUGGUGACCCAAAGGAGCAUACAACAUUGUUCUACCCUCCAUUUUAUCCUCACAACAACCCUGUGAGGUUUUUUAAAUAAUAUACCCUACUUCUCAGACCUAGCUUCUGAGAUGGCCCCAUAUAUCAGUAAAGCAACUUAAUGCUCCUUUCUUGAUAAAAAUGUUGGUAAAACUGGGUCAUUGUUUACACAGUAAGAUAAAAAAAAAUACAACUGAAUUAAUUUGAGAGCGGGUUCAUAGUUCUCUACUUGUACAGUUAUUUAGUUAUAUCUUGGUUUUGUCCCCAGUGGUGACCCAAAGGAGCAUACAACAUUGUUCUACCCUCCAUUUUAUCCUCACAACAACCCUGUGAGGUUUUUUAAAAUAAUAAUAUACCCUACUUCUCAGAUGUAGCUUCUGAGAUGGCCCCAUAUAUCAAUAAAGCAACUUAAUGCUCCUUUCUUGAUAAAAAUGUUGGUAAAACUGGGUCAUUGUUUACACAGUAAGAUAAAAAAAAAUACAACUGAAUUUGAGAGCAGGUAAACAAUACAAUUACUUACAAAGCACAUCAGUCAUAUGGCACAUCAACAACCUGAAAGAACGGACCAGUUAACUUACAGUUUACUUGACAGGAGAAGAGACUGUUGAGAAAGCUGAUAACCAACAAUGUAAUCUUCAUAUAAUUUUCAUGUAAGCUGUACAUUAGAGGCUUAACACCAAAACCAAGUGAGCAUUUUUCUAAAGUACCGUAAUUGGAUAGAGUGUUGGGGUUGUUUUUGUUGUUGCUGCUGUGCUUAAAAUUGGACAAUAUUCGAUUCACUUUGUAUUUAGUGAAGAGUGUUCAGCAUCUCAAGAAGGUACCACCGUCAAGGUAAGUCUUAUGGAUGUCUUGAAAUUCCUUGUAUCACUGCUAAAACGACUAAAUAUAUAAAUACCUAGAACUCUUGUUUGAGGACACAUCUGUAUUACUAAAUUGCCGGCUUAGUCCUGGUGCUCUGUGGGCCGUUGUGACUGAUCGUCGUCGGAAGGAGUAGCGCUGGAUCUGACACAUGCGUCCGUGGAAUUCUGUUGCUCACGCCCCUGUUUGAAAGACCCAGCAAUAUUGUACAGUCAAGGCACUCUGUGUUUUGUAUUAGACACACUGUACUACCCUGAACUCCAACCAAUUUUGCAUUUCUUUGAUUUCUUCACAAGCGUGUAAAAUAACAUGCCUUCAUUCUCUCUGCUCUCUGCCUAGAGUGGGUGCCGAUGGCCCAAUGCAGAUGCAGCAGUCUCUGCACUCCAGUGCCUCUGUGUCAUUGUUCAUCUCCCUGAGAAACACUCUUUAGCUCCACUGAAGUUU